AUGGCUCUCGAUCUCCGCGGACUUACCCCUGCUCCCGUCACCCCGUUCAACAAGGACGGCUCAGUUGACUAUGCUGCCAUUCAACGGUUGGGAUCGUGGCUCGGUAGCAUCGAUGGAGUCAAGGGACUCGUCGUGCUAGGCCAUGCUGGCGAGGGAACUUUCCUGACUGCAGACGAGCAGUUGGAAGUCAUCAAGGCGUUUGUCAAGUCUGUCGACAACAAGAUCCCCAUCAUUGCCGGUAUCACUCAAGAGGGUACCGAAGUCGCCGGCUUCGAGGCAAAGCGGGCCAAGGAGGCCGGCGCAUCUGCCGGUCUCCUGUAUCCUUCGCACGGAUGGCUCCGUUUUGGCUACCAACCGGGUGCGCCGCAAGAUCGCUACAAGCGGGUGUAUGAGAUCUCGGGCUUGCCUCUGAUCCUCUUCCAGUACCCAGACAACACCAAGUGCACAUAUAGUCUACAGACCAUGCUCGACAUUUCGGCCCUGCCCGGCGUGUUCGCCAUGAAGAACGGCGUCCGCAACAUGCGCCGGUGGGACACGGAGAUCCCCGUCAUCCGGCAGCAACGUCCAGACCUGCAGAUUCUCACGUGUCACGAUGAGUAUCUCCUCCACACGGCAUUCGACGUCGACGGUAUGCUGGUUGGAUACGGCAACAUUGCGCCGGAGCCCCUGAUCGAGAUGAUCAAGGCGGGCAAGGCCAAGGACUACGCCAAGGCGAGGAGUAUCCACGACCAGCUGCUGCCAGUCACCAAGUCAGUGUAUCACCGCGGCUCACACAUGGAAGGCACCGUUGCUCUGAAGCACGCGCUGGUGGCCAGGGGAAUCUUGGAGCACGCAACAGUUAGGUCACCUUUGUUGCCUCUGCCAGAUGGAGCCGAGGCAGAGAUUCACUCCGCCAUCUCGUCGGCAUCAUUAAAAAAGGUUGCCUAG